GGUCUGUAGUUGGGCUACUGCGAGGCGUUCGUGUACCGCUACCUGCAUGACUUGGGGGCGUCGGGGGCCCUGCUGGGGGCGACGGUGACCGUGGGAGGCAGCAUUGAGGCCCUCCUCUUGUUCUGCCUCUCUGGCCUCAUUUCGUGCCUCGGAGAAUCUGUCCUCAUGGUUGCUGGCUUCUUCUGCUUCAGCGCCAAGUUUUUGGGUCUGUACCUCCUCCAGUCUCCGGUCUACGCGCUGGUCCUUGAGACCCUCGACUCUGUGGCCACAGGCCUCUUCAUGGCCGUGGCCUCGAUGCGCCUCACUGCACUCGUCCCUUGUGAGGCCCUCGCCUCCAUGAGGGGCCUGCUUGGCACCGUUUACAUGGGCCUCGGCAAGCUGAGCGGCGCGGGCGUGGGCACCGCCGUGGUGCAGACGUACGGCACCCGAGCGUCGUGGGCCAUCAUGGCGGCCGCGGCGCUCACGGCGGGCACGUUAGUGGCCGUCGUCUCCUGCGUCGUCAGGAGACCUCACAGAGACGAUGCGGUGCACGCAUCGGACAACAGCCUUCGUGGUGUGUGUGUUCAAUGAAUUAUCACAGCGGAAAUUUCACUAUCUAGAAGCGAUUUUAAAUCUACCGUCCGUUGAAAAGAUUUGAUCAA